AUGGAAGCCGAAGCGUUGCCCCCCCUCCUGCGUCUUCCUACGCCUGUCCGGGGCCGCGUUUAUCGGUUUCUGCGUUUUGUCACCCCAGUCCCCCAUGGCAGCAGCUACUAUGACCGAUAUGACAUUGGCCUCCACUGUGGCAUGAUCGGCGUCGGUUAUCCCAAGCCAAAGUCACUACUUGGCCUGCUGCUGUCCUGUCGCCUCAUCUACAACGAAGUUGCCGCGCUCAUUUACUCUCACAAUCGGUUCAAUAUUCGGUAUCACCCUACCGACCCAAACCCCUUUGGUCCUCUACAUUCGCUGCCCACCACAGCGAUAGCGGCGCUGACACACCUCACCGUCACACUUAACGAGGCUUGCUGUUACCAGAGCGAUACCUUCGACUCGUACUAG